GAGGGAGGGGCAGAGGCAGACCGAGGAAACCACCUGCUCGGCCAAAAGAGGCAAAGAAGCGGCCGCCCCAAACGCACCCGCCCGGGCGGACUCAUAGAUAGAUAGGGGCCAUACUACUACUACUACCACCACGAGCGAGCCAAGCUGAGAUACAUACGGACAUCACCCCCACCCACCCAGAGAGCGAGCCAUGGCCAUGGAGGCCGACGACGACGACCUGUGGGGCGCGGUCACCACCAGCCCCAGCGCCUCGCCCCCGCCGCCCUCCUCCGCCGCAGCCAUCUCCACCGCGCUCAGCCUCAACACCCGCCUCCAGCUCCUCGCCGCCACCGGCGUCGGCGGCGGCUCCCCGUUCCACCCCGGCGGCGUCGGCGCCGGCUCGCCGUUCCACCCGGGCGGCGGCUGCUACCGCAAUGCGGCCGCGUCCCCGACCUCCUUCUUCUCCUCUGCCGCGGCCUCCUUCCCCCGCAUCGCGCCCGUCGACGCCGGCCCCGCGCGCCGCGCGCUGGAGCGCGAGAUGUGCUACGGCCACGGCGCCGCCGCCUGGCCCGGGGCCCCCGGCGCUGGCGGGGGCGCCGCCGCGCCCGUGGACCGGCGCAAGAAGCGCAUGAUCAAGAACCGCGAGUCGGCGUCCCGCUCGCGCGCGCGCAAGCAGGCCCACGUCACCCAGAUCGAGUCGGAGGUGCACCAGCUGCGCGAGGAGAACGAGCAGCUCCGCCUCAAGUACGACCAGCUCAAGGCUUCGGUGGAGGUGUCGGUGCCGGUGAGGAAGACGCUGCAGAGGGUGCUCUCGGCGCCCUUCUGAUCCUUCUUCCUUCCCGAGGGGCCGAGAUCGAAGCAAGCAGCUCCUCCAGCCACCACCGCCACUACUACUACUCACAUAGCUAGAGUGUUGCAGUAGCUAGCACUUACUAGUAACUAUUACCAGCUACUACUACGGUGAUCAUCCAUCAUCGUCCCUGUAAAUCCAUAUGGAUGUUAUUGUGUUCCUCCUUUUCCUUCUUUCACUAGGCCGGCCGGGGUUGUCUCAAUCUUUUUGGUCACUCAGCUAAACUAGAGGUGGCAAUGCGCGAGGAAAGGGAAGAAGACUCAGCAGCUUAAUCUGUACAGCGGCAGCUGCUACCAGUAGUAGAACUCCUAGUAAUCAUAGCCGUUGUGGAUUAGCCAGGCAGCAGCUGGUUCUUGUUUUGCUGACUUGGUGAUUAAUGAUAUUAUGGUGCUACUUUACUUA